AUGGCUUACCCUGGGCACAAGCAAGACAUUUUUCGGUGGAAACGAAUUACAAAGAACAAAACACUAGCUGGCAACAAGGUGCAGGCCAAUAAUGAUGAUAUAGAUCAAUGGAUAAAGAGGGUGGAGAUGGCAUCCCAGUUUGCCAUAUCUGAAGUUUUCUCUAAGCAGAAGACUUAUGGGGCCAAACCUAGUCACGUAGUGGCAUUACAGAGCAUGGACCAGCUACAGGACCACGAUGACUCAUACACUGAGGCCCAGAGUCUUUUGAGUGACUGGAUGAACAGAAAACUGCGUCUGGAGCUGGAGAUGGAUGAGGAAGAGGAGGAGGAGAUGAAGGACAGUCCAGAGGCGAAACCAUCAGGCCAGCCCGUGUCACUCAACUACAGCAACUUUGACGACAUGUAUUCCCAUUUGGCAGAGCAAGAGGAGACGGCUGCCGUUGGCAGUUUCCUGCAGGAGCUAAUGGAGUCUGAAGUGUUAGGCUCUGAGAUAGUGCAUGACCUUCACCUGGACUCAGAGCGGGAGAAGAGGAAGUGGAAGACGAGAAAUCCUAGCGUCACCAUGGAGAUGCGUCACAGGCAGGUGAAGGAGAACCGCGCUAGGAGAGAUGCGGAACGCACGAAACAUUGGCGGGAGAGGGAGGUGCAGAAGGAGGCGCAGGAGGAGGUGCAAAAGCUGGAGCAGGAGGCCCAGCGCAGGCGCAGGCAAGAGGAACGCAGACAAGAGGAGCUCCUGCAGCAGGAAAUGACCCGCCUUCGCAAACAGAUGGAGGAGAGGAGGAAAACGGAGCAGCUCGUCAGAUGCAUGGAGAGAGAGAGGUCAGAGAAGAAAAGAGGAGUUCAAACAGCUGAGGUGCCCAAACCUUUAUUAUCCAGCACCCAGAAACUACAGGACACAAAACUACAGCAGAGGCUACAACAGGUGGAGGCCAAAGUCCACAUCAACAACCUGAAGUGUAUGCAGAGACAUUUCUCCGCCUGGUACUGUGUACUGCUGGAGAAGAGGGUGUGGCUGGGGAAGGCGGCGGCACUCUGUGAUUGGAGGCGACAGCUGAGGGCGUGGAGGGCGUGGCGUGCCCUGGUUUGGUUGAGGAAAGAAGAGAGAGAGGCCGAGAGGACAGAACAGGAGCUUAGACAAGACCACAGACGCUGUCAGAUAGCAUUAGAGGGUGACCGUAGGCGGAUCCUGGGGCGGUACUUCCGUGAUUGGCGGCUGUGGUGUCGAAUGGCGAGCGAGCGCAGGGAGCUGCUCAGACAACAGGAAGAAACCAGACGCAAGAUGGCCGCCCUGAUCAGCGCUGCAGCCUCUGGGAAACUGGUUGCUGAGCCGCCCCACCAGACCCCGCCCCCACCCCUGCCCCCGCCCCCGCCCCCGCCGGUGACCUCUGCCCCACCCUCCUCCGCUGUGACUGACGGCGCACCGAGGUUCGGAGCUCCGCCCACUCAGGCGUGGCAGGUCACGCGGCGUCACGCCACUCUCUCCGCAGCGGAGCUCCGUCGGGCCAAACUCGUCAGCGCCCCCUCUGUUCCGAGCGCAGAAGCGCGGGACGGGAGGUUUGAAAAUCGGUACAGGGUGCAGCAGCGUUUGAUAGCGGACCAAACCCGACUUCUCAAAGAGCAGCAGGAACAGAUUGCUCUUCUAAGGGAGAGACAGAACGUGCUAGAACUCCAGCAGCAGGCCGAGAGAACAGCACCGGCACAGCAGGCGAUGGAGGAGCGUGCUCAGCAGCGGGCGGAGCGCAGGAGAGAGGUGGAGGAGAUGAAGAAGAAGAGAGAGGAAGACAGACUGGCUCAGAUGAGGGCAGAGGAAGAGGAGAGACAUAGGAAGGAGGAGGAAGAAAAGGCAGCCCAGGCGGAGAGGAGGAGAGAGGAAAGGAGGAGGCAGAGGGAGAGAGAGCAACAGAGACAGCAGCGACUGGAGCGGGAGCAGCUGUUGUCUCAGCAGGCAUCAGAGCACUACCACAGAACCCUACUACACAACUACGGCCUGACGCCAUGGAAACGCAUGAUAGACCUCUGCCACGGCAAUGCACAGCUGGCGGGGGACCAUCACAGACGGACUCUCCUGAGACGGUGCCUCUCGUCCUGGCGCCGGGCCGCAGACGAAGCCCAGGCUGCAAAACGGGCCUCUGCUCACCAGCUGUACCAACGCACUCUGCUCCACAAAGCUCUGAGCAGCUGGAAGAGAGUAAAAGAUGUGAGUGUGGUUCAGGAAGCGCGUGCCGAGCGGUUCUACCGAGCCCGGACCCUGCGGAGGUUUUUCGCGGCGCUGUUGGGUCAUGUGACCGAGGAGAGACUGGCAGCCUGGGACCAGGAGCAGCUGGCUGUGGAACACAGUAAAAGGCGUGCCGUGUGCAGAUGUUUUGCGGCUUGGAGACGACUGCCAGGUGUUUUGCGUGAGGAGAGAGAGAGAGAGACACGCAGAGAGCAACUCCGACGCAAAGUAGCGGAGAUUUUACCGGACUACCGGCCUUCCCCACGAAACGACGUCUGGAGUCCAGCGCCGGGAUUCUGA